CGACUCAAAGACGAAUCAUUCUUCAAGUAUCCACGCAAGAGUGCAGUCGAAUUUUUUGGUGUGUCCAAUAAAAUAAAAUAAUAAAUUUACUUCAAUUUUAAAGGCAAUUUUCUGCUAAAUUUUACUCAGAAUAACAAUGGCUGACAAACCAAAGCGUCCUCUUUCCGCCUACAUGUUGUGGCUCAACUCUGCCCGCGAAGGUAUCAAGAAGGAACAUCCCGGUAUCAAGGUUACAGAGAUCGCCAAGAAAGGAGGCGAGAUCUGGCGUGGCAUGAAAGACAAGUCUGAGUGGGAAAACAAAGCUGCCAAAUUGAAGGAUGAAUACACCAAGGCCGUACAAGAAUUCGAGAAGAAUGGCGGUGACAAGUCGAGCGGAGGCAAGAAACGAAGCAAGGGAGCCAGCAAGAAACCCGCCAAGAAGAGCAAAAAGAAGGAUUCGGAUGAGGAUGAUGAUGAAGACGAGUCAGAUUAAAUUAAUUAAGGCAACUACGUAAAAUUAUAUCUCUCAUUACACAACUACACAUAUAAUAUGACGGAGUGUACGCGCAUCGCGUUUUCAUACAAGACCAACAAUAUCCUCCAAUAAUCCCCAAACUUCUACAAUAUUACAAAAAAAAUCAACAACAACAACAACCGCCGUAAUAAUUGUCACUAAUAAUAAUAUACAUACAUUUAGUUCGCGUAUUCUACAAAAAAAAAACAAAAUAAAAUAUUUAAGUAUAAAGAAGAAAAAUCAGAAAAGAUCCCUUUCUCACAGAUUAUAAGUAAAAACAAAAGAUGAUAUAAUAUUUCAAACAAAAUUGAAAAACUCAGAGGAUUAAAUUUUAGAGAAAAAAAAAUUAACAUUUUUUAAAAUAUAUAUUCGUAACGAAAAAUUUAAUAGUUUGAAAUGAUUUUGUCAACCUUGCUUUCUACAUAUGACU